GUGUUGUCCUAUUUAUGCACAGCAUCUGCGGUCUUCGAUUUUGCGACAGCACAUUAAAUGUUGAAUACUAUAUUCUUAUUUAUUUUCUAUGUUGAAUUAGAUGUGUCGCUAUGGCGGAGCUUUUGUCAUCCGUUGCCGUAGGCACUCACCUCUUUGUUCGGUCUGACACGGCGGUAUGGCAGGAAGCUGUAGUUGACCAUAUAGAGGAUGGAAAAGUCUUUGUACGUCUCAGUGAAGCUGCUGGGAGUUCGAUAAUCGAAAUUAAGCCAGGAGAGAAGUACUACCCACACACAGAUGACAGGUUCAACUCUCCAAGCGGAUAUCCUGAUGAUUUAUGUAACUUAACUUAUCUUCAUGAAGCAUCGGUACUUCAUGCUUUGGACUGCCGCUUUGCUGUUGAUGAGAUUUACACGUUUACUGGCAAAAUAUUGAUCGCGGUUAAUCCUUUUAAACUGAUCAAUGGCCUGUAUGACGACUCCACUAUUGUGCGUUAUCUCGAAAGACAAGAUGAUGACGCACCUCACGUCUUUGGCGUGGCUCGUGAUGCCUACGAGAAGAUGACUAAGAAUGACCAAUCCCAAACAAUAUUGAUCAGUGGUGAAUCUGGCGCUGGUAAGACUGAGUCUACUAAGUUUGCCAUGAAGUAUCUUGCCAUUGCUGGCGCUGAGAGUAUGGAUAAAAAAUCGCCUGCCGAAGUUAAAGUUCUUGAAUCCAACCCACUAUUGGAAUCCUUCGGUAAUGCCUCUACAGUGCGUAACAUGAACAGUUCUCGUUUUGGAAAGUUCAUUGAAUUGCAAUACCGCAAGGAAAGUCCCGUAAAAUCGCGUUUGGUGGGUGCUCGUAUAGAGACCUACCUCUUGGAAAAGGUUCGUAUUUGUCAGCAACAGCCGGGCGAGCGCAAUUAUCACAUUUUCCACCAGAUUUCUGCUGCUGCGAAUCGGAAUGAGAAAUUUGUAUUUCAGCAGACUGGCUUCGGUGAGGACCAAACUCCUUGGGAUUUUGAUUUGACUAAUUUCCGUGGUUCUUUCCGUAUCAUUCCUGCGGAUUCAGAACGUGACUUUGAUUUGCCAAAUUUGAAUGAAACUUUAAUUGCUCUCCGCACAGUGGGUUUUACCUAUGAACAGGUAUCUGUGGUUUUUGACAUUGUGGCAACUGUACUCCACUUAAGCAAUAUUGAGUUUACUGAGAAGAAGGGCAGUGAAGGUGCUGCCAUCAGCAACAUGGAAGCUGGUCAUUGCCAGACGGUCACUACGUUGCUUGACGUUGACAGCGUUUCGUUAAUGAAUGCCCUUAUGACUCGUACUAUUAAGACUGCUAAUGAAAUGUACACAAAGCCGCUUCGUGUUGAGGAGGCUUGUGACGUCCGUGAUGCUAUUGCAAAGAACAUAUAUAGCAUGUUAUUCGAUCACAUUGUCGAGCGUAUCAAUGAGUCAAUUGGUUACGUUCCAGAUGCCACUUUAACCACUGGUAUAUUGGAUAUUUUUGGUUUCGAGUGUUUCCAACACAAUUCAUUUGAGCAGCUGUGUAUUAACUUCACCAAUGAAACGCUACAGAACUUUUUCAACAACUUUGUGUUCCGUUGUGAGGAGGAGCUUUACUCUGCUGAAGGCAUUACGUGGAAUGCACUCGACUUUCCUGACAACUCCGAUUGUGUCGAGAUGUUCAAGUGUCGUCCCAAUGGUUUGUUUGUAAUGAUCGACGAGGAGUGCAAUUUACCUGGAGGCCGUGACCAAUCGCUGUGUAACAAGAUAGUUCAACGUCAUUCUAAUAAUCCACGUUUUGCCAAAGUUAAACUUGAUCAGAGCAGUUUUGUGGUUAAUCACUUUGCUGGUGCAGUUCAGUAUAAGAUUGACGGUUUUAUGGAGAAGAACAAGGACCAGUUGUCCAACGAUGCCGUUUCAUUUAUUUUAUCCACUAAAAUAUCUGAAAUGAGGGAGAUAUUCCAGUCUUACAUUGAGAAAAAGAGGGUUACAGGUGGCCGUGCUGGUACUAUGGCUAAACAAAAGACUAUUUGCACUCAAUUCAGUGGCCAGCUUGAUUCUCUUAUGGCUAAGAUUGGUGCUACAAACCCACAUUUCAUUCGUUGCAUCAAACCUAGUCCGGAAUGUCGUCCCAAUCACUUUGAUCGACCCACGGUUGACUCUCAGUUGCGUUGCAGUGGUAUGCUUCAGGUUGUGCAGGUGUCUCGUGCUGGUUACCCAGUUCGUUUCCCUCAUGCUGAACUAUUCCACAGCUUCCGUUACUUGUUGGAACUAUCUGAAGUUAAGGCUGCUGAGGCCAUAGAAGACAAACAGAAGCAGGGGAAAUUUGUUUUGGAUAUUUUGGUACGUCGUCAUAUGACUGAACACCCUCCAUCCGAUUGUGAUUUGGCUAUUGGAAAGACUCUUAUAUUCAUGAAGAAUUCACCUUAUGAGCAAGUAUGUCUGGCGAUGCAAACUUUGCGCAAUUCAAGUGCUACUAUUAUUCAGGCUCGUGUUCGUUGCAACAUUCAGCGUAGGAAAUACCUUGAAACCAUGUGGCGCAUUCGCACGUUCCAAAUAUGGAUUAAAUACAAGGUCAAGAAGCUGCAACGUCAGCGUGCAAUUCGACUGCAGGCUAUUAUACUCAUACAAAGUGCUUACCGCAUGUAUUUGAAACGCAAACUUAUGCACGAGCUUCGUGAUACUGUUGUUCGCUUACAAGCCAACUGGCGUAGGCUCAACGCUAAGAUUUACGCAGAGGAGCGUCGUAUUCAUUCUAUGGCGACAAAGAUUCAAAAUGCUUGGAGGGGUUAUAGAUGUCGCACAUACUAUUUGGAAUUACGCAAAGCCACUAUUAAAGCACAAUUGCGUUGGCGAUCAAUAUUAGCUAGGCGCACUUUGCGUUCUCUACGUAUGGAGGCUAAGGACUUGGGUAACGUGAUUAAGCGUGCUCAGGGUCUUGAGGAAGACCUGAAGAAAGAGAAGGCUCUACGUGCUGAUGCUGAGGCUAGGGUGUUACAGCUUAACGCGAAGCUCUCUAGUCUUGAGAAAUCCAAUGAAGAUUUGCGCGCACAGAUUGAGGCCCUCACCAAAGAGCGUGAUACUAUGGCUGAGCGUGUACACGAAGCGGAAGCCGCCACUCAAAAGGCACAAACUGAUCUACGUAUGAUUAAAGAAUUCGUUAGCAAGGAGGCUCGUACUGGCGGCGAUGCCAAUAGGCUCAAUUCGUUAAUCGGGGAUAGUUCAGGCCCUGAGAUAUCACGUGCUGCAUCAAUGGCCCAUCGUCAACAAUCAUCCAUUUCACAGGGUGCUCAUGAAACCCAGCCGACUGCAGCGGAUCGUCGUGUUGAUAUCAUAUUAUGUGGUCCUCCUAGUUGCGGUAAAACUCGACUAUUGGAGAUGGCGCUUAUUAAAAAUGGUGAUGACAAAAACCUGGCCAUUUUGCGCAACACGGACUCUGCGCGUAUGGAACGUCGUAAGUUGAGUCCUUUGACAUUCCAAUUCCGUGUUGGCUAUGAUCGUAUGGUAUCAGUUGCUGAGAUCCCUGGAUCUUACUUUGAUUCUGAGGAGGCCAGGUCUAUGUUCCGUAAGGCUCACUUGAUUGCAAUUUGUUAUGAUCCCGGUACGCAGCACACUUUUGAUGAUGCUCGUGUUAUUGCUAACUUGCUCAAGCAGUUGGUUAACUCUAGGAACACCAGCAUUUGUAUGCUGCAGAAUGAUUAUAUAGCUUUGGAAAACGCCCGCCCCGUUGUCUGUGAUGUUAAUGAGGCUCAGCGUUUUGCUGUAGACAACGAUUUGUUAUUUUUGCGGGUUUCUGACUUUGUAACUUUCGUUGAGCAAAUAAGUCCUUACGUGGAGAACAAGAAAUGCCAACGUUUGAACAGUUCUAGUGUUGACAGUGCUAGUGCCGCUAGCAGUUCCAGGCGUGGCGCUUUGACUCUAUUUUACGAGCGUUUCCGUAACUUCUGGGCCGGGGUUAAUUACUCUGGAUUCCAAAACAAGCUCCUUGUUCCUACUCUUGUGGCACCCGAGGGUUCUAAGUUACCUCCAUUGUCUUUGAAGCGUGUUGCUCAGAUUUCGAACUACACUUAUGCAACCACUUGUGUUGCAUUCCGUCCUGAGCAACCUGAUGACGAAUUUGUUUUGCUUGCUGUGGGUCGUCGCGAUGGUUCGAUUAAUCUAUACCACUUGUUCCGUACUGACACUGAGAUGCGUGCAUUGAAUUCACCUGAUUUUGACGAAACUGCUCCUCAGCCACUGGAUGACAAGGUUACUAUUGUUGAGUCGUUCGCCUUGUCUUUGCAUACGAAAGCUGUUACUUCUAUGAGUUUUUCUAAGGUUGACGUAAACGAGUUGGUUACUGCUUCUGUUGACUGCACGAUUCGCGCUUGGAAUGUAAUGACUGGCCAGUUGAUAAAGGUGUUUAAUGAUUCAUUCCCUGGUUUGGCUGUAUUGUUUCACCCAGUGGAUCCUAUGCUGUUCAUCAGUUGCAAUUCCAAUCCCACGAUUAGGAUCAUCCACUACCAGAAGGGCUCGGUACUGCAAAAGAUUCGCACAAAGAGUGAGUUACGCUGCCUUGUCUUUGACGACACGCGGCUUAACUGUAUCGCUGGUAACGAAAAGGGUACCAUUUGCAUUUACGAAUCGCAGGAAAACUUACAUUUGAAGCUUUCAACUACUAAGCAGAUAUCUCGUGGUCCAGUUACUUGUGUCAAUUUCGUUCCUUCUACAUCACCUGAAUCGCCACCAAUGAUCAUCGCAAAUGUUUGCUCUGGCAACAUUUCCAUUUUGAAUUGCAUUUAUGACGGUGAAAGUGGGAAGAUAUCUGAACUCACAUAUCGCUACACAGUGACGAAUGCUCAUGUCGCCUUACCUCUUCGUUCGUGUUAUUCUAGAUUUGGCGGUGGUUGGUGCAUCUCUGGUUCUGAAGACCGCAAUUUGUUGAUAUUCUCUUUACAAGAGGAGAACAUGCCAUAUUCGAUAUCUUUCCAUCAGGGUCCUGUGGUUGCCGUUGCGGUGAAUUCACUUGACACCGUUUUGGUAACUUCAGACUCCAAGGGUUCGGUUGCUUUAUGGCGUCGUGUCAUAGUGUCGGCAAAGCGGUGACCUGCACAUCCAACCACUACUUCGCGGAAAUUACGCCUUCAAUAAA